GGUCCAUAUACCGUACAAAACAAACAUGGCGUCCAUUAAUCAAGCAGCGAGGGCUGCGGCCGUAGCACGGCAAGUGAAACCGUUUAUGUCAAAGAAUCCAGAUGAAGCACGAAGAAGGGUAAUACAGCUAUAUAAAGCUUGGUGGAGAGAAAUCCCUCACGCAAUUCAACAAUAUCAGCUGGAUAUAACUGUUAAAGAAGGAAGAAGUAAAGUGAAGGAAAUGUUCAUGAAAAACGCACACAUCAGGGAUUACAGAGUCGUCGAUAUGCUAGUGAUAAAGGGAAAGAUGGAAUUAGAAGAAACGAUCAAAGUGUGGAAGCAGAGGACACAUGUCAUGCGUUACUUCCAUGAAUCAGAAAGGCCGCAACAAACAGACUUCCUCAGCAAGUUCUAUGGAGGGAUGGAAUGACAGCAUAUAUAUUUAGUUUUGUUCUUUUAUUUCAGAGUUAUUAUUGUUGGCCAUGUGGACAAAGGCUUGUAGAGCCAUUUGAAAUGCAUGGUAUUUAGGGCAUUUGUCUACAUGACCGAUGCCAUGUAUGAUACUAAUUUGAAAUAUACUUGAUAUUCUUUGAAAGGCUUUGACAGUCUGGAUUGCCUCAAUUUGAUUGGAUGCAUUUAAACUUCUUGCUCAGAUCAAAUCCUUCAGUGAUCUUAUAAAGCAGUUAUGAUGCAGGUGGUUCACCAUGGUUGAAAACAUUAUUUCCUUGAUGUUUUCCUGCAGAAAAUGCAUUUUCUUAGAAGCAAUGGUCAUUGGUAAAAAUCACAAACUGGUACAUGAAGUUAGGUAUUCUUAUGAUCACUAGAAACAUAAACAAUCACAGGUUACAAGAAGAAACCAAAGAGCAAUGUCGUCUAAAAAUUCACAGUUGAUUGAUAUUCCUUGUUUUGUGUCAUUCACUUAUUGAUACAUGGGAAUAAUCCUGCUUAGUUCGGUAGUUGAAUGCACAUUCCUAGAACAUCUGGUUAAAUUCACAUACUCAUCUCUUGGCAGAUGUGUAGAUGUUGGUUUUUAUAGAACAGGAGAAACUCUUGUCCAAGAAGAAUAUGUGAGAAAUAAGCUGUAUAAUAAUAAUCAAAAUUAUCAAAAUGGAUCCAUUAGCCACAGAAUAUUUAUUUGAAGUAACUGGGAAGCAUAUAAUUUUGAUAAUUCUAAUUUUGAUCACAUAGAUGUACUGACAUACACUGAUUUUUAAGAGUGGAAUGUUUACAUCUGACGUUAAUAUUUCAUGAAACCAAUGUGCACUAAUGUUAUUCUAUGACUCACUGCAGUCAGAUCAUCAUCAGUUGGAUUGUGUCACUUUGCCACAUGGGGCCAUUUUCAUGGAGAUUUUCAAGUCUAUGUUCAAGAGUGACAUCCAUCAAAGACAAGCUCAUUGAUGUAUGGGUUGUCCAAGAAGUUAGAACUACUGAUGUACUGUGAAACUGACCCCUGCCGCAUUGGACAGGGGCAGCCUUUAUUGGGAGAAAUGUGAUCUCAAGUGUAUUUCUGUGAUGCAAUUGUGAAAAUAUAUAAAUUUUCAAAAAGUUGAAUAAUUGACUUUGUAUCCUUAUUUUUACUUUCGUGUGUGCUAAAUUUAUGAAAAGGAAAAAUGGAUAGGUGAGACAGAACUUGUGGUGAUAAACAACAGAAACAUUAUUGUAGAUAUUUAGUGACAAGAACAAUUACAAUAUCUGUGCUGGAAAUCUGAUUGGAGAACAGGGGUAGGGAUUUUGACAUAGGUUAGAUAAAAAGGAGACAGAUAAAAAGGAGAUGGAGGGAGGAGGCUGUGAAGAAAGAGAGAUGAAUGAGAACAGUAAGAUGAAGAGUAAGGGCCCUGUAUGCAAGGCAGGUGCGUGAAAUGACUGUUUACUCUUAACUGAUUGAUUGGCUUGUAAAGAUGUUGAAAGACCACACUGGUUGUUCAAGUGGACUAUUCCAACAUCCGACACCUUUCAAAGAAUUUUGAGAUGAGGCAGAAGAUGUAGAAUGACAGCAGUAUGUGGCACAGCCUUAAAAAGUGGCUGAAGCUUCCCAAACAAGUUAGCUUGUGUGAAAACAGAAGAAAAGAGGAAGAAGAUGAACAAAAAUUUGAGUAAAAAUUGGACAAUAAGAAAGGAGUAUUUGAAUGAUGGGAACACUAAUGAAAUCCGAACAAGAUAUGUGAUGUCACACAUGUGAAUCUCCCCUCCUUGAGACUGAAAAUCUAUACAAAACAUCUCUUUUUGCUUUUUCUGACCGUAAUAUCUUGAGGUACACUGAGUCAUAUAGAAAAUCUUGGUAAAGUGUGUAGUGUACUAAAUGAAUGGGGAGGUACUACAUGUGUGACACCACAAACCUUGGUUGCAUUGUCAAUGGGAGGAAGUAAAAUUAGUAUUUGCAAGCUCCCUUAAAGUUUUCUUUGAAACUACAUAUAGCUUGUACCCUUAAAGAAAAAAAACUUUCCUUGAUCAUGUAUCUCACCAUUAACACAAAUAAAAGCAAAUAAAUAAAACUGCUUUGAUAUUAGAUUUAUUUUUUUCAGAAAGAGCGGGAUGCAAGACAUUUUAUAACCUUCAAUCAGUCAAAGUAUAAAAAGAUAGAUACAUCCUUAUGUACACAUAUUUUUUUAUGACAAAAGUAUAUACCUGCAUACAGAUGUAUAUUUCCAAAUCUGUAGGCCUAUAUCCCACAAUCCAUUCAUAAAUCUAUAUUUGGUAAUACUGUAUGCUGCCUGAAGAAUUAUAUUACAAUGGGUGAUUUCAAGUCCGGUGUUGGCCUUGGUGUUGAAAUUUUGUUUGCUUCCCCUUGCUCCAAAACUUACUCAAGAGUUUGUAAAACUGAUCCAGAUCAUAUUGACAUUGACAUCUCAACAACUAGUGAGUGACUUUUCCGGACCAACUUGAAUUUAUGUUUGGUGUUAUAAUCGUGUAAAAAUUGACCUAACACCAAGACCAAAAGGUCAACUACGAACUUGAAAUCACCCAAUGUACAGUUUAAUGCUGUGAAUUUUCACAAAGUGCUGUGAAAUCACUGGAAAUGUCAUAAUACACCUGAUAAUGGUCCAACUUAGGUCCUAGUAGGGUUGGGUAAAGAACAUGUUGUUAUUAGAAGUCAAUACCAGUGUAUAGAAAAUAUUAACUACUGUUUCCCCCAUUGAACAAAAUUAUUGAUGCUAGUUCCUUUGAAGAUAUAUUGAAGUAAAAAAUUGCUAGUUCCUUUGAAUAUAUGUUGAAGUAAAAAAAAUGUGCGGAAGGUGGAGGCAUUACUGCACAUUUUAUAUUUGCUAUUAUGGCAACUACCAUGCUAUUAAACGGGGCUCAGCAGCCAAUCACAAUUAAGAUUUCCAUGGUAGUAUAAUGGCAAAGUUGGACAGUGGUUUAUGAAACUGACUCCAAGCCUGUUUAGGGUCCAAACCAUUUUUGAAUGAUUUUUUUUUUAAUCGCUGCUCUCCAUCUUCUCUUAUCAAACUCAAAGUUAUAUACAUCUUUGAAAAAAAUAUAUUUAGCAUCAUUAAAG